AUGGAGGAAGACAGUGACAUAAAGAUUUCUCAACCAGAGAAGGGAUUGGGGCCACAACUUUAUGCCACCUUGAGCCAUUGUUGGCGAAGAGAAGAUAUCGAAUCAACCAAAACGCUAUCCAGCAAUCUUCAGGCUCGUCAAGAGCAUCUGGCUUUGUCAGAACUACCGGAUAGCUUCAGACAGACUGUGCGCUUGUGUCGGCGCCUCGGAGUGCAGUAUCUAUGGAUCGAUUCUCUCUGCAUUGUCCAGGACAAUACUGCAGAAUGGGAGAAAGAAGCUGCAAACAUGCACAAAGUCUACGCGAAUGCGUGGUUCACCGUCGCCAUGCAUGGAUCAACGCACGGAUACAUGCCUUUCAGGGACAUCACGCUCACAGUCGGGGAAGCGUCCACGAUUGUUCAUGUACGCCGCAUUCCUGAGCUUCUGGAUAUUGUAGAAGCCAAAGCCAUGGCUCCAGCAGUCGGCCGUGUCCACGAGCUUGCUGACAAUGAAUACUGGAACUCUGUGUCCCAGAGAGGUUGGUGUUACCAGGAGCGUGUACUUUCAAACCGCAUAAUCCAUUUCACCGACCACGAAUAUCUGUAUGAGGAAAGAGGUGCUGUGAACAAAUGCCAAUGCCAUCAGCAUUGGAGUUUUGAACAGGGUUUCGCCGGUAGUUUGGCUAGAGGCCCAAUGCCACACGAUGAUCCCUACCGACUCUGGGGUAAAUUGGUCCGGCAGUACACCUCGCGCAUGUUCGGUCAGUGGCGGUCUGAUCUGUUGCCUGGAUUUGCAGGAGUAGCAGCAAAAUUCAGUGAAGGUCGUGAUCUAGGUCACUACUUUGCAGGACUGUGGGAGAAGGACUUGAUCAAGUACUUGUGUUGGCGAAGUCGCGAAUGGGUUUCUGCACGUGCCAGUUCAUGGGCC